CGAAUAGGGAAGCGUGCCAGGGCUAUCUCAAUCUUCCCAUACUUAUCGAUCACGUCACCAUCUAUCUCCUUUGUCCGAUACGAAGCCGAACCUCCCUUCUUUAAAAUCCACACCUUGUCCGAAUCUCUCUCCAACCGCAAAAAAAAAAGAAAAAAAAAUGGCGACAACCCAGCUAAAAUCGGAUGCGAUCAUGGAUUUGAUGAAACAACAUCUCUCCACCGACGCCGGUAAAGAGCUCACAGAGAAGAUCGGUCUCGUUUAUCAGAUCAACGUCGCUCCCAAGAAAUUGGGGUUUGAAGAGGUUACCUACAUCGUUGAUCUGAAGAAAGGAGAAGUCACCAAAGGAAAAUACGAAGGAGGGAAAGUGGAUGCUACUUUCUCCUUCAAAGAUGAUGACUUUGUCAAAGUCGCUACCGGCAAGAUGAAUCCUCAGAUUGCUUUCAUUAGGGGUGCGAUGAAGAUCAAGGGUAGUCUCAGUGCUGCGCAGAAGUUCACCCCUGACAUUUUCCCCAAGCCUUCAAAGCUGUGAACACAAUAAGAAAUGGUACUAGCAGACCCCUCUGACUCAGGCUCAAUUUAUGUCUCUUUCAAAGGGGUUUGCCUUUGGGGUGGAUUUUUAGAAUGCAAUGUUUUAAGUACUAGUUGCUAGACAAUAAAGGUAUCUUCUAAGUAUCGCUGUAUGUUUCUGGUUCAAUUGGUGUUUGGUUUAAUAAUAUUAAUACUUUUGCUUUGAAAUAGAUUUCUAUGUUGUCUGAA